AUUGAUAUUUUGAAGCAAUGUGAGAUGCCCGAACAUGUUAUCAAUAAGUUUAUAGAAGAAGAGAUAGACAAAAUAACCUUUCUAGCCCUUACUGAAAGUAUGCUUAAAGAAUUAGUACCCAAAUUAAAAUUAAGAGCUAUAUUAUAUUCAAAAAUAGUUGAACUAAAAGAAGAAAAAUGUACAGUACACCUCAAUGACACAAAUAUUGCUCCAAACAAAGACGAAGAGUUUGUUAAUUUGAUUAGUCCAAUAAAUACCAUAGAUAUGAUGCAUGAUAUAACAAAUUUUGAAAUAAUGAAUGAAAAGGAAAUGGAUGGAACAGUAAUUGAUAAUAGCUUAGUAUUGAGCAGUGAUGAAUUUUUAAUACAGGAUAUUCCAUCUUGUAACAAUCGCAUUAAAUUUAUUUUGGAACAAUCUCAAGAAGGAAAAAAUGUUUUAAAGUUUUAUCAAUCAUCUAACAAUUUUUCAUAUGCUGUAAGAAACAAACUGGUUCGAUUAAUAAUUGAUUAUGAAGUUACACAUAGUCCAGAUCAAAAACUUUCUAUGAAUUACUUACUUCAGUUAUCCCAAAGUAUUGUACAGAUUUUCCCCAAUGAAUCAGAAAGUACAUAUUUUAUUCCUUACUUAAAACAUAAAGAAUAUGUUAGACCAACAAGAGGGAAAUUAUUUGACCGGUAUUGCAAUUUGACAAAGGAUAUCAGAAAAUUAAAUGUCAGCCCAUCUACAACCACAGGUGAAUGUUCCUCAAAUACCCCAGUAACUGCAUUCAACCAAGAUUUAAACGAUAGUAUCUUAUGGUUGAAAAACAAUAGAGAACCCAUGGAUAUUGUAGUUAAUAAAUGGACAGAAACGUUUAGUUUAAGAUAUGAUCAAAUGUUAAAAAGUAAUAAACAAUUGAACUAUUUUCUUGAAUAUCCUGCUAUAAAAGGUCCUCUAGGGUAUAAGUUGAUUGAAAUUGAUUUUAAUAUAUUGCAACCAGAAAAGCAAUUAAAAUUGUUUGACUUAUUUCCCAUUUUAAUUGAAUGUUUGCCAAAAUACAUUAAACACUUUAAACCGCAGCUUAACAAAGAAGCAAGUUAUCAAAGAUUUUUAAACAUUAUUCCUACCGAAAAUAGACAAGAGAUUACAGUUGCAAUUUUAACAUACCUACCAAGAAUUUUUCCUUGUGUCACAAUAUGUGUUCCAAACACCAGAAUUGUGAAUAGCAACAAAAGAGCGAAAACAUUUGAUAGCUGGAGACCAUCUAACAGAGAAAUUUCCGAAGGUUUUAUUUGCAUAAUAAAGAAUGCUAUAGAACUCCAAGAAGUUUAUUUGAAUAAAGAAAAUAAAGCAUCUACUUUUGGGUUAACAGUACAACCGUAUGUCACC